AUGCCCCCGAAGAAGCCGGCGCCGGCGAGCGCCGCCAAGCCCCGCGACGACGAGGGAAGCUGCCCCGUCAUGACGGCCAGCGAGCGCGAGCGGCUGCCCCCGCGGAACGUCCCCGAGAACGUCCACGCGCUCGCGACCCUUCUCGACGUGCCCAAGGUCGGCUUCCUCGAGUGGACCGACAACCUCGAGAUGGAGAACUGGUACUCGCCGGCGAACCUGUAUGAAGACCCGAUGGGUCUACCGCCGUUGCCUCCCCACAUUGAUACGUCGUCUUUGGUCUGGAAGCGACCGUCGCAGUACUUGCCUCCAUUGCCCGAGCCGCCCAAGCAGGUGGCCAAGGCCGCCGCCUCGGACCCGAAAUCCAGCGGCAAAAAGUCGGCGCAGGCCAAGAAAGUCGACGACAAGGUCUUGCUUGACGAUGCCAAAGUCCCUCGCUACUGCUACGUGCUCUACGACCCGCUUCUGGACGUGACGCUGGCCAAGCCAGGGGACGUGUCGGGCACAUCGACCCCCGCAGGCUUUCGCGCCGAGCGCGAGUGGAAAAAUGACUUUCAGCGACUUUGGAGUGCGGAGCAAGCGCACGAUAUCAGUCGCUGGGAAGCGGAAGAAGCACGCAUCGUGGCCGACCACGAGCUGCGCGAGCGCCUCUCGAUGGAUUACGAAGAGAACUGGCAAAUCAAGUACCUCAAGGUGCUCGCCGUGCAAAAACAAGCCGCCGACGCCGACUUGAACGACGACGACAUCAUGGACGACGGCGACGACGGCGAUGCCGCCGUGUUUGAAGCUUCGGCCUCUCCGUCACCCAUGUCGAUCGUCGAUCUCUUUGGACCACCCCCGAGCAUGGACAUUGAACCCAACCGCGCGGUGCGACCUAUCGUACCCGAAGGCGAGUACGUCGACCCGCCUCUUGCAUCGUGCUGUCGCGUCAUCAACAACCUCAUGGAUCGUCUUGUGGCCAACCAGCCGUAUUACUGGGAACACAUUUACCCGCAAACAGUCGUUGGUGGGAGAAAGUUGCCUGUGGCCAACCCCGGCGGGAAGUACCUCGUCAAGCUCUACGUCCUUGGAAAGUGGCGGCGUAUUGAAGUCGACGACCGCCUUCCUCUCGAUAAGAACGGCAAGGUCCUAGUUCUCAGCAGUACACUUUCCACCGAGAUUUGGCCAUCUCUCCUUGCCAAGGCGAUUUACAAGGUCUUUGCGUGGCUCGGUCACCUCUCAAAUAUGAACAGCCCGGCCACGACGACGUUCUCCCUCGGCUUUAUUCUCAACACGCUCACAACGUGGAAGUCGCGCCCGUACGUGACGCUCUCGGAUGCCAAGGCCCAAGAGGAACUCGCCAAAAACGUGGUGCUGCUUUGCCCGUUGGCGCCGGUAAUGACGCGCAGCUUCAACGCCGUGUGUGGCGAAGCGUUCGUUUUGGCGAGUAUUCGAUGGAUCCACCCGUCGUACUCGGUCUACAUCUACUCGUCGCGGCUCGACGCAGCUCCGGACGAGACCAUGGGGUUCACGCCCGAGACACUCGAGUACCACAAAAUGACGUCCAUGAUUCUACACACGAUACCGACGCACACGCUGCAACUCGUGCAGGAAUGGUGUGGCACACAUCGCUCCGUAUAUAGCCACCAAAGUGCUUACAUGUCGUGUUACAUUAGGCGACAAGUCGUAUCACCGACUGACGUGACCGUGUCUACAUGGACGCCGUUUCCGCACGACUUGCCCCACUUUCUCAUUGUCAACGUGCCUGGCGAUGUGGUCGCAACGACGCUGUACGUGACACUGCAGACGGCACCGGUCGUUGACCCGUCGGUCACGGACCGGGGUUUGCUGCUCUUGGAAGACCCACAACUGAGCGUGUCCAAGCGCGACGACUGCAACAGAACAGUUCCGUUCUUCAAGCCGUUUGUCUCGUUGCCCUUUGACGUCCACGGGCCGGGUGCACACGUCUUUCGAUUGUACCCGCAAAAUCUGGGCGCCGGGUACAGCCUCGAGAUUGAAAGCGACGUUGCCAUCGCCCUCCAGAGCAUGCCCGAGUGUGUCACGACGACAUGCAGCAUGCACACCGAGGUCUUUAAUGGCGAGUACAUUGCGAUGCCCGCGAACGCAUGGCACAUUGUGCACAAGUCGACGAUCACUGUCGCGCCCAGCACAUCCACCCAUCGCCGGCUUAUCGUUCACGUGCAUCUCAUGGACGAAGCGGCCGGUGCGUUCUUCCACUUGCACAUUGUCAACAACACGACGCGAGACGUGACCCGAUACCAUUUGCUCGAGGCGCACAUCGACCUGGGCGACGAUGCGCAGGCGUACACGAUCUUGCUCGAGUGCUUCGCCAAGCGCGCCGUGCCACCGGCCAAGUAUACGAUCUUGGUGGCGUCUGACGGACCGCUAUCGAGUGGGCCUCUCGUAAACGCACCCCUCGCGCUCUCGAUGUUUGCCGGUGUUUACACGCCCAACAAGUACCACACCCUCUUUCGCGACGUGUUCGUACUGCACGGCGCCGACGAGGCGAAAAAGGGCGCCGCGCGGAUCGCUGUGGAUGCGUGCUUUAAACUGUGCACGUCGGUGUCGAAUGCUGCGCUCAAGCUUGAAAUCUUCGAUGCUGCGUCGGGUGCAUCGCUAGCAAAGGCAUGCGACUACGACUGCGUGCAGCUCAUGCAGCUCCCGCCGCAUGCCGACGGGUACAUUGUCGAAGGUAGUUUUGACACGGCAAAGUGGCUCGCUCCUGACGAGCUCCAGUCCGUCAAGCCAUUCGUGGACCUUGGCAAGGCGCCCGAGCCAACGGCCUCAAACACGGCACGCUGGUCCCUCGAAGUGUUUGCAUCGGGCCCCGCGUCUCUCACACCCGACUGCACGAUGCUCAACAAGCACGCAGCGAUUCGGUUUGGGUGGGAGCAAGCCGAGCGCGGGCGCGAGGUCCGUGGCGUAAUCAGUCGUCUCUUGUACCUCGGGAAGCAAGACGAGGCGAUCGCAAAGAUGAACGAAGCCGAGUAUACGCCCGAGCAGCAAAAGCAAAUGCUUGGGCGCUACGAGAUCACGAGUACCAGCUCCGUCGAAGUCAUCCCUUCGUCCGGCCACGAUCGAUUCUUGACGCGCGAAGAGUGGAUGGCCGAGGCCGCGGCUCGCCAAGUCGAGAUCGAGUUGCUCCGUGCCCAAGUCGAGGGUGGCAUCAAGGCACGAGCGGAGGCUAGUGUGCAGCGCAAGGCCGAGAUCGAUGCAAUGAAGAAGGACAUUGUGGACUUGCGCCAAGCAUGGCUUGUCGAACGAGAACGGCUCUGGAACCAACGCGAGGCGCUGCGUAAAGAGCAGCCCAAUCCAACGCCCGUGGCCAACUUCCCAUAGUCGACGACCAUACAAUUUACAUUCUUGUACAAAUUCAGAGGUCGGUUAUUCGUUCAAGA